UUCUAUAAGUAACACCAUGCCCUGCUCUUCUUUUGGUGGUCAUGCAAGUACAAGCCUAAGGCUGGUUUUGUUAUCAACUUCACAUUGGCUUUUACAUUAGGUUUCUUCUUAGCUUAGAUUAACCAUUCUCCAUCUCAAGAUGGGGAAGGCAGCGAAAUGGGUGAUGAAUUUCCUGCUAGGGAAGAAGCAUGGAGGCAAUAGCAGCAAGGUUAGUAGCAAGACGGACUAUAAUGGUGCGCCUUUCCAAGAAGAUUGCAGCAUAGAGACAGCAGCUGUUAGUGUUCUUCCACCACAAACUCCAACCCACUACCACAAGAGGAGAUGGAGCUUCGGAAAAUCAACAAGCAAAGACAAAUCAUUGCCUCGGAGGCAUAGUACAAGCACCGUCAUUGCCACCUUCAACCCUCUUCUGCAAGCCUCGUCGGCCGAUGCCAUGGAGCAUCUGCUCUUGGGUCCGUCUCUGGGGAACAAUGAAGCUGUGGCUCUGGCCAUCCAUGAAGCUAUUAAGAACUUGGAGAGGAAGUCAAAUGCUUCACAAGCAGCAGAAGCGGAGGACAGACUGCUGAGGAUCGUCUCUCGUGAACAUGCUGCUGCCACCAGGAUCCAAGCUGCCUUCCGGUCUUACUUGGCAAGAAAAGCUCUGGCAGCACUUAAGGCACUGGUUAAGCUACAAGCACUGGCAAGAGGCCAUCUAGUGAGGAAACACAUGAGCGCCACAAUCCGAAAAAUGCACGCCGUUGUGUCAAUCCAAGUCAGAGCCCGUUUCCAGAGAAUCCAAAUGAGGGAGCACUCACAACUUCAACAACAACAACAACAACAAGUUGUUGAUCGGUCCUCAAAGGCUGGAGAUUCUCCUUCCCACAAGAAGAGGAUCAAGAUAGCUCAAAGUGGAUCAAACCAGAAUACGAACAACAACAAGAAAGAUGGAAACUUGAACGAUUCCGAGAGAUUUGCCGCCAGGAGGCAUUCAGGGGACCUCUCGUUCCUGAAGCGCGAAGGGGCAUUCGAGGAAUCUUCUUAUUUUUCUUCUACCCAGACCAGCCCUGGGACAACCCGCCAUUACAAAGCUUCUCAACAGGUGGUCUCUUCAGGACAUGAUUCUUCGUUCCUGGAGCCGAGCUACAUGGGGAAGACGCAGUCCUCGAGGGCAAAGUCGAGGUCUCACAGCGAGCCGAGGCAGCGACCUCGCAGGAGCAUUUCGUCAAACACCGGGCAGUCGCCGAGCAGCAGCGUGCAGAGUGGUUUCUCAUCAUCGUCGAAAAGGCUGCCGCUUGGUGAAUCCCAGGAGCAGUGGUUCAUCAAGCUGUUUCGCUCGACCGUGGCGCCGCCGCCGCAGGGUGGUGACGAUUAUUAUUGCGACGGCGACACAGAAAUCCUCGUCGCCUGCGAGCCGCACUUGAAUAUGUACUGACUAUGAGACUGAGAGGAAGGACGAGAGGAAUCCUCGAUAGAAUUUGUGAUCACUAAACAGGACAAAUUCUUGCAUUUGGCAUACUUCUGUUCUGUGGGAAAAACACGUCGUUAACUGUAAGAGGGGAAGAAGGCCAAGAUCAGCGACCUAGAAUUAGCAACAUGUCUUGGAAAAUUGCCCCAUCGAUCUCGUCCCCGUUGACUUCAUUUGCACAUUUAGCCUUAUCCAUGCCGUUUCAGUCAACGUCAGUCUCUCCUAAUGGUGCAUUAACAUCAGUGUACAUGAGCAAUUGCCUGCAAAAAUGAUUAAAAAACAAGUUCAACAACGUCAAGUACAGGAUUGCACAAUAUCGUGUGGAAACAAUUUCGUCCCUCAGUACCACUCAAAGUCCCUCGGCUUCGGAAAAACUUGCCUUUCAGUUAAAUUCACACCAUCCUGAUUAACAAGGAACAAAAGUACAAAGGAACACAAGUUAGACAACGAAUCCAGUAGUUUAGAACAAGUGCAAAAAGAACAGCCAGCUUCCAUUUUGUGUUAAGAGUUAAACACGGAACAAUUUCAACCAAAUGGUUACCAUGGUUAUAACCAAACCAAAUAAGACUAAAUACCAUUAACCAUGAAAUACAAUAUCAGAACCAAACCGUCCAAACUAAUACAACAACCAAAUUAACCAAACUAAAGUUUAAUCGGUUUGGUUAAUUGGUUAAACCAAUAUAAAAUCACAUUAUCAUUGACGAUGCAAAUUUUCUGGUUAAUGCAACAAUUCGCAAUUUAUAUAAUGAAUAAAACAUAACAAUCAACACGUAGUUAUAGUUGACCCUUAACAAAAAUACAUGCAACUAAGACAAUUAUCUUACGAUUAGUAUAGAAGUAUUCACCUAACAAAAAAAUAUGAUAAUGGUAUGGGUUAAUGAAUUGUUGUGUUUGUGUAAAUUGACUUAGUCUCUUAGCAAUUAUCAUAGGCUGGAAAUGACCUUCCUUUCAAGUUUUCAUUCAUCAUAAUGUAUGAAAUUUAUCUAAAUUAGCGUCCAUAUGUUGUGGUCUAGACUUUACAUAUACAAAUAUACACUAUAUGAGCAAUAUUGAGCUUUAAAUUUUACUAGAAUCAAUACCCGCUGCUACGCCGCGAGAACUAAAGUUGCAUCAGUAUUAUUGUAUGGUGGACAGUUUCGGCGAUGACAAACUGGGGUUGUAUUAUUGAUAAUAUUGUGGAUUUCAAAGUAUCGCAAGUCUGUUCAGGGGAUAUUUGUAUCUUGAGUUUCAUAGUUAAUUACCAUGGUACUCCUGUUAACGUACAUGUUUGCCAAUGAGCUCCACAUCCCGAAAGCAAAAGUUAAAAACAAAUGUUUUGUCAAGAAACACUAAUAGUUAACCGUUUUCCAUGUCUUAGGAAAGAGUGAGUUGUUGUAGCAUCCAAUGUGUACAUAACAUGCAGACAUGGAAGCAAAAUAUGUUAUGGGUUACAAUCCCAACAUGGGAAGAUCUUCUUCCUAGUUGCAGAUUUUUGUAAGUUCUGUUCCAACUUCCAAGUUGAAGAUUUAACUAAAUAUAACUGAACAAAAUCCAUGGCCAUUU